AAUUGCUGUUUUAAAAUCAAGGAGGUUGGAAAAUGGCAGGUGCCACAUUGGAUGCCAAAGGAUGGCAUUUAAGUACAGAGGGUAUUGAACAGUGUGUUGGUGAAAACUCUAGGAAAGAUGAAAAGAUUAUUGAAAUUGCUAAAGAUACUGAUUUCAAAGAAAUAGGGAGGAAAUGGUUACCAGAUGAUGUUAAUAAAGUCAGCUGUGAAUAUGUUGAAGGUCCAGGGGUGUUACAAAUACAAAAGAUCAGAAAUGUAGCAGCCCCUAAAGACAAUGAGGAAUCACAAGGAGCUCCCAGACUGCUGAAACUGACACUGACUGAUGGUCACCUUAAUUCUAAUGGUGUAGAAACAGAAAAACUGGAUAAGUUUGGAAUGAACAUACCGCCUGGAACAAAAGUACUUUUGAAGGGUACAGUAGCAGUAGAGCAUGGAAUUAUGUUGUUAAAUAAUAAAAACUGUCAGCUGAUUGGUGGACGUGUUGAGAAAAUGGCUGAAAACUGGGAACUUAAAAAGAUGUUAUCCAAACAGUCCAAACUGAGAGGUGUGACAGAAGGAGGGCCCCCUCCAUUUGUUCCUUUUGGGCAUAGAAUACAAGAAGUCAAACCUGCAACUCAGAAAGAUAAUUUUAAGUCUUUAGCAACAAAGAAAGAAGAAAAGAAAGAGGAAGGAGAAUUUGAACAACAGAGACAGGCAACCAUUGCUGAAGCUCUGCAGGCUAAGGAAGAAAAAACUAAAACAUUUGGUGGUGGACAAAAACAGAUUGGCUCUGAUAAAGAUGUUGCAAGAAUUAUGGAGAUGGGAUUUUCUGCUGAUCAGGCCAGUAAUUCUUUAAAACAGAACAAUGGGAACUUCCAACUAGCUGUCAAUGAUCUCCUACAAGGAAGGGGCGGAGCUAGGCAGAACCAAUAUGGUGGUGAUAGACAAGGUCAAUCAACAAGAGGUGGGAGAGAUUUUCAAGGGCGACAACCUAGGGAAGAUAGAAGAGAAAAUCGUGGCAGACGACAAAAAGAUGAAGAUUCAGAGGAAUUGUCCAGUAAACCAUCAGCUCCAGUUACCCUGUUUGACUUCUUAGCUAAAAGUAAUAAGAUACCUGUUCAAAGUAAAGAAAAUAAAGAGAACAAAGAUUCAAAAUCCAGCAAUAGUGUGCCUUCAAAAUCUAUGCAAUACUCAAAUGAUGGCAGCAGGCAAGGUGAUAGAGGUUAUAAACCCAAAUAUCAAGACAAUUCCUCUAACUACGAUAGACAAAAUUCACAAAACGAUAGGAGAAACUUUGAUAGCCGGCCAAAAUCUAGUCCCGCAAAUAAUCCACAACAAUCCUCUAACUUUGACAAUAAAUCUCAGCGACCGGGAAGUGGGUACGAUCGAAGUAAACAACAGGAUAAAUAUGACAGAGGUCAGAGUGGUUACGAUCGAAAUAAACAACAGGAUAAAUAUGACAGAGGUCAGAGUGGUAAUGAUCGAAAUAAACAACAGGAUAAGUUUGACAGAGGUCAGAGGUCACAACAGACUAAUAAUGACAGAAACUUUCAACAAAGUAAAGGUGAUGGGCAGUUUAGUAAUAACAGGCAAAAUUAUAACAAUGACAAAAUAACAAGAAAUGAUAGGUCACAAAAUUAUGACAAAAGGUCAGAGCAAGGGUCAAAUACUAGUGAUAGGAACUUUCAAGACAGCAGACGACCAAAUCAAAAAGGAUAUGAUCGAGAACAGAAUUAUGAUAGACGAUCAGAUAGCAGUAAAAGUCGUAAUUUGAACGACAGAGGUUACCAAAAUGAAAACCGCAGUUCAAAUGGAAAUAGUUAUGAAAGCAGAGACUCUCAAAAAAGAAAUCCCGGAGAUUAUAGUUCUAGUAGAACAGAACAAAGAGACAGUAAUUAUACAACAAGUAAUAAAAGAGAUGAACAAAAUAUCAAAUCACAAACCAACUACAAAGGGAAGUCAGAAAACAGUAACCAGUCCUAUCAAGGACAAACUAAUGAUUUUAAAUCCAGGAAAAAAGAACCCAUAAAUAAUGGACAACAACAGUAUCAAGCAACUGCAGGUGAGACUAAGACCUGGAAAGAGGGAGAACAUUGUUUGGCCAAAUAUUGGGAAGAUAAUCAGUAUUAUCAUGCUGUGAUACAUCAGUGCAUACAGAAUUUUGCUGUUGUUUUAUUUCUGGAAUAUGGAAAUCAUGAAGAAGUUAAAUUAACAGAUAUAAAACCACUGACUAAAGUACCUGCAGUACCACUACCAGAUUUUAGUAUGCCACCACCUGGGAUGUUUACUUAUAACGUACCCCCACCAGCUAAUCAACCAACAACUGCCAGCCAAAUACAGAGCAUGGAAUUCAGACGGAAGAAGCCAGACAAUGACAAACCAACCAUGCAAUAUUAUCAACCACCAAAACAACGAUAUAAUUAAAUUCAUACUCAAUAAAAUUUAUCAUUAUUUA